AUGGCUCGGCCUCGGAAGUACAGGUCGAUGAAGGAGAUCAUGAGGGUGGCGAAGCGGGUGGCGGCGGCGGACGGCAGCGCCGAUGAAGAUGAUGACCAUUUGACCUGCGAGCAAUGCGGGUCGGGCAAUCGGGGCGAGGAGCUGGUGUUGUGCGACAAAUGCGACAGAGGAUACCACCUGCUUUGCCUCCGCCCGAUAAUGACCCGGGUUCCAAUCGGGCCCUGGUGUUGCCCCGCUUGCUCCGGCGACGAUAAUCUCCCCAUCAAAAGUUUCAGAGGCUUAAAUCGGAAGAAGCUUGCUGGUUUUUUUAAGAUUGAACAGGAUGUUCUGUUCACAAGGAAAUGCACUUCUCUGCAAGAUGUUAAAAGACGACGUAGGCGAGGUGGUACAUUAGUGUUCCAAAAGAAGCGUAGGAGAUUGUUACCAUACGUUCCAUCAGAGGAUCCGGAAAGAAGACUAGCACAGAUGAGAUCACUUUCCUUGGCUUUGACAUCUAGUGGCAUGGAAUUCAGCAACGAACUCAGUUACAGAUCCGGAAUGGCUCCGAGAUCAGCCAAUCAAUCUAAAUUUGAAAUCGGAGGCAUGCAGGUUCUUUCCAAGGAAGAUACUGAGACGUUGCAGUACUGUAGAGCUAUGUGCAAAAGAGGGGAAUUUCCACCUCUUACCGUAACAUUUGAUCUAUUUGAAGGCUAUACGGUAGAAGUUGACGGGCCUAUAAAGGACAUGACAAUAAUCGCUGAGUAUGCAGGGGACGUGGAUUACAUCAAGAAUCGAGAGAAAGAUGAUUGUGACAGCAUGAUGACCCUUCUUCUAGCAAACGAUUCAUCCAAAAGCCUAGUCAUCUGUGCAGACAAGCUCGGGAACAUCUCUCGGUUUGUUAGUGGCAUAAACAAUCAUACAAUGGAAGGCCGAAGGAAGCAGAACACAAAAUGCGUAAGAUACAGUUUGGAUGACGAAUGCGUGGUGCUUUUAGUGGCGACGCGUGAUAUUGCAAAGGGAGAAAGGUUAUACUAUGAUUAUAAUGGCUAUGAGCAUGAAUAUCCAACCCAUAAUUUUGUUUAAGUCUUUCACAUACUAUGUCGGAUAGAAUAGUUGAUUUCAAAAUUCCUUUUAAGACCACACUGCAGCCAGUUUUUUACUUCUUGAAACUAGAAUUUUUUUUAGGUAGUAUUUAGAAAUUCUCUUUAGAAAAUGCAUGUUCUAGUUAGAACUUGAGUCACAUGGCAGAGUAGUUCAAGUUGCUUCUGGACUGGUGAUUUUGAUGUAUAUAUUAUUUAACUAGAAAAAGCUCUUGACUACGAAAA